CGUCGCCGCGAACAAAUCCCCCGCAAAAACCCCCCACCCACUCCUUCCCCCCUCUCCAAUGGCGUCGCCGUCGUCGCGCCGCCUCAGCAACGGCCGCUCCCCGCUCCUCCGCAAGCAGAGCCAGAUCACCGCCUUCUUCUCCUCCCCCACCGCCAAGCCCUCGCCCUCGCCGCUGAACCCUAGGGCGACGAAGCCCCCUCUCGCCGUCCCCUCCCCUCCCCCUCCCAACCCGCCAUCCCCGCCGCAGGAGGAGGAGACGGCGGUGGGGAGGCGGCUGCGGGUGUACUGGCCGCUGGACGACGCGUGGUACGAGGGGAGGGUGGAGGGCUACGACGUGGGGUCCAGGCGGCACCGCGUCAGGUACGACGACGGCGAGGAGGAGGUGGUGGACCUCGCGAGCGAGAGGUACGAGUGGGCCGCCGCCGCCGAUGAGGAGGAGGUGACCCCGCAGCCGUCGAGGAAGCUGCGGCGGCUCCGGCGGAUGUCGGAUGCCGCAACGGCCAAGUCACCUGGUGCGGUGGAUGGUGGUGGGGGUGGGGAUGAGACUGCGGAUUCCGCUGAGGAGGAGGACGAGGACUGGAAGAAUGAUGCUGCGGCAGAGAAUGAUUCGGAGGAGGUGGAGCUGGAUGAUGAAGAAGACGAUGAGGAGGAGGUUGUUGCUGUGAAAACAAGAAAGGGAAAGAAAAAUAACCCUUUGUCGACGUCGGCUUCGACGCCAAAAUUAGCAUCCGGUUUGGGCUCGGCUUCUAUUUCAGGGUCCACAUUGUCGAAGAAGAGGAGAAAAGUCGAUGCGGGUGCGUUGGACUGCGCUAAAAAGUUCAGCUUUGAACCAGCUAAUACCACUGGAAAAGUCGAAUUGAAAGUGCCAAUCAGCUGUAGCCAGAGGGAGCAGCCGUUAGAGAAUGCUCUCACCGCUCUUACUGGAGAGGUCGCCGAGCGCUUUGCGCAGCGGCAAGCAGAAAAGUUUAAAUUCCUUGGGGAAGGGCGUAAGGAUGCGAAAGGGAGACGACCCGGAAACCCCAACUAUGAUCCUAGAACUCUUUCCUUGCCUUCCCAGUUCUUGAAUAGCUUGACAGGCGGACAGAGGCAAUGGUGGGAAUUUAAAUCACAGCACAUGGAUAAAGUUCUGUUCUUCAAGAUGGGCAAAUUCUAUGAAUUAUUUGAAAUGGAUGCACAUGUUGGGGCAAAGGAGCUUGAUCUUCAGUAUAUGAAGGGUGACAAGCCUCACUGUGGAUUCCCGGAGAAGAAUUUUGAAUUGAAUUUGGAGAAAUUAGCUAAGAAGGGUUAUCGAGUUCUGGUUAUCGAGCAGACUGAAACACCGGAGCAGCUUGACCUCCGCCGUAAAGAAACUGGUGUAAAAGACAAGGUUGUGAGGCGUGAAAUAUGUGCAAUGGUCACAAAAGGAACAUUGACAGAAGGGGAGUCUCUGCUGGCAAAUCCAGAUCCAUCAUAUCUAUUUUCUGUGGCUGAAAGUUAUCAGUGUGGUUCAGAGAAGGAUCAAGAUGGUCAUACAAUUGGUGUUUGCAUAGUUGAUGUUUCAACAAGCAAAUUUAUUGUAGGACAGUUCCAAGAUGAUGCUGAACGCCAUGGGCUAUGUUCUAUUUUAUCUGAGAUUAGGCCUGCAGAAAUCAUAAAACCAGCUAAAAUGUUGAGUCCAGAAACUGAGAAAGCACUGAAGAGCAAUACGAGAGACCCUUUAAUAAACAAUUUGCUUCCAUCCAUGGAGUUCUGGGAUGCAGAGAAAACUAUUCAUGAAAUAAAGCAAUACUAUUGCUCAUUGGACACACCUGGUGCCGGUGCACAAAUCAGUUCUGCCUAUCUGCCUGAGCUAUUGAGUGAGCUAAUUGAAGCGGGAGACAAAACAUAUGCACUUUCUGCUCUUGGUGGUUCUUUGUUUUAUUUAAGGCAAUCCCUUCUGGAUGAGAAAUUGCUUCCAUGUGCUGAGUUUGAGCGCCUUACAUGCUCAGGGCUCACCAACCCUAUCCGCAAGCAUAUGAUACUUGAUGCGGCAGCAUUGGAAAAUCUGGAAAUUUUAGAAAAUGCAAGAAAUGGUGGUCUCUCAGGGACAUUGUAUGCGCAGUUAAAUCAUUGUGUUACUGGAUUUGGAAAAAGGUUGCUUAAAAGGUGGAUUGCAAGGCCAUUGUAUGAACGCCAGGCAAUACUACAGCGUCAAAGUGCCAUCGCUACUUUCAAGGGAUCUGGGCAUGAAUGUGCUAUCCAAUUCCGUAAGGAUCUGUCUCGGCUUCCAGACAUGGAGCGCCUACUUGCACGCCUUUUUUCUAGCUGUGAUAAGAAUGGAAGAAGUUCAAAGUCAGUUGUUCUUUAUGAAGAUGCAUCAAAGAGACUGCUUCAUCAGUUUACUGCUGCUCUUCGUGGUUGCCAGCAGAUGUUCCAAGCAUGCUCUUCUAUUAGUAUGUUGACAAGCACAGAUGGAUCUUCUCUAUUAAAUGAUUUGUUAUCACUAGGCAAAGGGCUACCACAUGUUUCUUCUAUUCUGGACCACUUCAGAGAUGCAUUUGAUUGGUCAGAAGCAGACAGGAAUGGUCGGAUCAUACCUCAUGAAGGUUGUGAUCCUCAAUAUGAUGCUGCUUGCAUUGCAAUUGAGGAGAUUGAAUCCAGUCUUCAAAAAUACCUGAAGGAACAAAGAAAGCUAUUGAGUGAUUCAUCGGUAAAAUAUGUAGAUGUUGGAAAGGAUACGUACCUCCUUGAAGUGUCUGAGAACCUGCGAGGUUCUGUUCCCCAUAACUAUGAGUUGCAGUCUACAAAAAAGGGUUUCUAUCGGUACUGGACGCCAGAAGUAAAAGAAUUAAUAUCAGAACUUUCUAAGGCUGAGGCAGAGAAAGAGGCAAAAUUGAAAUGCAUUCUUCAGAAUCUGAUUCAACUCUUUGUUGAGCAUCACAGCAAGUGGAGACAAUUGGUUUCUGUAGUUGCUGAGCUUGAUGUUUUGAUUAGUCUUGCUAUUGCCAGUGAUUUUUUUGAGGGACCAACUUGCUGUCCAAUUAUCAAAGAAUCAUAUGGUCCAGAUGAUACUCCUACUCUCCAUGCAAGAAAUUUAGGGCACCCCACCCUCCGAAGUGAUUCUUUAGGCAGUGGAUCUUUUGUACCCAAUGACAUUAAGAUGGGUGGGCCUGGAAAUGCCAGCUUUAUUGUUCUUACUGGCCCAAAUAUGGGUGGAAAAUCAACUCUUUUGCGUCAAGUUUGUCUUACCAUAAUUUUGGCACAGAUUGGAGCAAAUGUUCCUGCUGAAAGCUUUGAACUUUCUCUUGUUGACCGUAUGUUUGUUCGAAUGGGAGCAAGGGAUCAUAUUAUGGCUGGGCAAAGUACGUUCUUAGUGGAGCUCAUGGAAACUGCUUCUGUGCUUUCAUCAGCAACCAAGAAUUCUCUUGUGGCUUUAGAUGAGCUUGGGCGCGGUACAUCAACCUCUGAUGGACAAGCUAUUGCGGCAUCUGUUCUAGAAUAUCUAGUUCAUCAUGUGCAGUGCCUAGGCUUAUUUUCAACACACUACCAUAGGUUAGCAGCAGAAAAUAAGGAUAGCAAGGUAUCACUCUGCCAUAUGGCAUGUGAGAUAAGCAAGGGAGAAGGAGGUUUGGAAGAAGUUACUUUCCUCUACAAGUUAACGCCUGGUUCAUGCCCCAAAAGCUAUGGUGUAAAUGUUGCUCGAUUGGCAGGAAUACCUGCAUCAGUGCUUCAAAGGGCUAAUGAGAAGUCAAGUGACUUCGAGGCCAGUUACGGGAAGCGACCCGGUAUAACAAAGAAUAAGCCCAGCUGUGCACAGGAGGAUAAAUUUGCCGCCAUCAAGGAUCUGUUCCGCGUCGUGAAGGCAAUGCAUCAUCGGGAGGAUCAUGCAUCAAGUUUAGGCAUGCUCCAUGAAGUGCAGAAGCGUGCUAAGGUGCAGGUCAUUGGAGAAUAAGCAAUUGCUUUGCCCAUCAAUUUAAUCGAGGGCUGCCCCAUUUUUGCCACCUUGGUGACCUUUUUUUCUGGAUUGGCUUCAUUUUGAGAGUGCUGUGUUGUGGGCUUAAUGCACUCAUUGAGGAAUCUUCAAGGUUCUUGAAUCUGCUGCUACUGUUUUUUUUUCCAAGUUCAAAUGAAGAAGUGAAGAACUGGGUCUGGAUACAUGGAUUGCCCAUGUAAAUGUUCCUUGCAACAUUUCUCCGCACUCUCUACUGCAGCCCCAAGGAUGAUCACCAGGUGGGUGUUUAGCUAUGUAGUGACUACUGACCGAGUGCAUGACUAUAAGAGGGAAGAAAUGCUUGGUAGAUGGUUGCAAUGUUUGGUAAUUGUAAACUGAGCUCUGCCAGUAUUUUCCCACUUUGUAACUACAUGGUAGAUGGCUGCAAUGUUUGGUACAUCAACCGUGCAAAUUUUACUGGAAAUUACUGGUUCUUGUCAGCUCAUUUA